CUACCAAGUAUCAUUGUGUUGAAAUUGACUUCUAUUCAAGUAAUGGCGGGCCUAGUGCACAAGCUUAUUGCGCAAUAUUUCCAGCUUGUUGAUCCCCCACAUCUGGAUCUACCGUCAGGAGAUGUUCUGCUACGCCCUGCUGUGCAAAAAGCUCUAUAUGAGCGCAUGUUCGACGAAUCUCUCAGCCCACUCCCGCUAGCUGCGUAUCGAACACGGGUGCUCAAGCUUAUAGUUGCGCGAAUUGAAGAAUCAAUCAAAGACCCCGAUGAAGAUGAGCUAAAUGACAAUCUCAUGGACGCCCUGGGCACGCUUGUGGCUCAACCAAAACCAAGUGCCUUAGAGCUGGUCCAACAACUAUCUCACGUCAAAUAUACUGCCCCUCUACAGUCCUAUCCGACCGCUGACCGGGAGGUGACCACCAUCGAAUCGCGCGGUCUUCUCCUCUCCGGCGGCACGACUGGCAAUCGCACCUGGGAAGCCGCCCUUCAUCUCGGCUCAUUCCUUGCUUCACCAGCAGGCGAUGCCCUCGUACGUGGGAAACGGGUGAUUGAACUCGGCGCGGGAACGGGCUUCCUGUCCCUGUUCUGUGCACGGCAUCUCGGCGUGAGGGGCGUUGUUGCUAGUGAUGGUGAGCCAGCUCUGAUCGAGAAUAUGCGCGCGUGUGUGCCGUUUAAUUAUCAAGGUGACGGCUCUUUCCCCUUCUAUCCUGCUAUGUGGGACUGGGGAGCACCACUGAAAAAAACGGAAGAGUUGGGUUCUUUUGUGGAGGCAGGAGAUUUGAGGUUUGAUGUUGCGCUGGGUGCAGAUCUGGUCUACGAUACCGACAUUAUUCCUCCUCUUUUAUCGACUGUGCGCGAUCUUUUCGACAAUUACCAUGUCAAACAAUUCAUUGUCUCGGUUAUUCUACGCAAUGAGAAAACGUUCCAGACAUUCCUGGAUGGGUGUGAAAAGUAUGCCUUUAGAGUCGAGGCUCUUCCCUUCGAGUCUACGCCAUCAGAGGAGCAAACUGGCUUUUUCCACUCGACAAACAUCCCACUUAAAAUAUAUCAAAUCUCUAAGGCUACGUAAAAGGAAUGGGAUACGUGCUGCAUGAUAAUCAAUGAGGUUAUGAGCAUGUGUAGUCGGCUUAUGGAAAUCGAUUGUACAUCAUUUUCUUGCAUUGCUUCACGCUAAGUGCUUGUCAUUUACCUGAAUAAGGUAUCAUAAGACCGCUGAAGCGACAAGUUAGAAGUAAUAGACUCCGAUACUUGUUCUGAUU